UUUCCCGCCAAUUUUUUCUUGUGUAGAAAAUCUAGCAAAAAUGGAUGUUGAAAAUCCAGCAGAAGAAGCUCAGAUUCUACUAAGAACAAGACUUUGCAAUCCCAAUUACAUCUUCACCAUUUUAUCUGAUUCCCCUGAUAGCAAUUACAGCAAAUUGAAGUAUAUAAUGUCAAGUUCAGUAACUGAAGCAUGUAACAACUCAGCUCUACUUCUUGGCCCUCGUGGUUGCGGAAAAGUUGCGAUCUUAGAGAUGGUUAUCAAGGAUUUACUGCAAGAAUAUCCAGACAUGAUCUGUGUGAUUAAACUUAAUGGAUUAUUGCACAGCGAGGAUAAUUGUGCUUUGAAGGAAAUUGCAAGGCAAUUAUGUAUAGAGAAUCAAUUGGUUUUCUCAAAGAUGGCAUCAUUUGACGAUAACUCCCAGUUUGUGAUAUCCAUGUUAAGGGAGUGUGGAUUGGCACAUAAAACCAUUAUCUUUGUGGUGGAUGAGUUUGAUCUUUUUACGCAGGGUAAACAGCGGUUACUCUAUAGCUUGCUAGAUGCAAUGCAGUCUGUAACAUCACAAGCUGUUGUCGUUGGUGUGAGUUGCAGAUUGGAUGCUGAUCAACUCUUAGAGAAGAGAGUAAGGUCUCGUUUCUCGCAUAGAAAGCUGUUAUUUCUACCUCCUUCGCAAGAAGACUUGCAAAGAAUUUUGCAGCAUUGUUUACUACUGCCAACGGAGUCGAGCCUUCCUCCUCAAUAUGUAGCUGCUUAUAACAAAAAGUUUCUUAAUAUGUUAUCGGAUGACAAAUUCAAAGACAUCGUUGAGUCAUUAUGCGAUUCUGAUUCAACUUUUAAUCAUCUAUUGAGAUUUCUGUUUGUUGCAGUUUGCGAGAUGGAUCCAAAAUCUGGAUUCUUAUCACUCGAUAAUUUUAAAACAGCUCUAUCAAGUAUUCAACGGCAACCCAAGUUGGAAGCGUUGCAAGAUUGCUCCAUUUUAGAGCUAUACAUCCUCGUUUGCUUGAGGAGAUUGGAAGUUAAAGAGCAAGAGACUACUAACUUCAAUUCAGUAAUGAAAGAGUAUAAAAGUGUGCACGAUUCGUUCCAAACAGCAGACUAUUAUGAGCGGAAUGUAUGCCUCCGGGCAUUCGAACAUCUUUUUCAGCGCGAGUUAAUCUCCUUGGUCGACAACAGAGGGCACAGCCAAUCCGUUGAAUUCCGUCCAGUGAGGCUUUUGAUCUCAUCACAUGAACUGCAUCAGGGACUGAAAUCAUACCGUUCCUGUCCAGCAAUUCUUCAUAAAGUACUUGCAGUUUGAAGUCAAAGCACCAUAUGUUAGUAUUAUUUUUAUCAGAGAAAUUUAGUAAAAUUAAAAUGAUUUUAAUAUAAAAGAAUUAUAUUAUUUCCAUAUUAUCCCACAUUUUAAUGUUUAAUUGAAUUUCUAGUAAUAUUUCUCAUUAGUGUUCAAUAUUUCAAUUAUACAUAGUA